AUGGCGGCUAACUUCUUCAACAAUAAGGCCCGCGCGGCCGCUGGGUCCGGCAGCUCAAAGCAAAAACCAGCAGAAGGGAAGGAAGAGCAAUCGCGACUGCAACCAUGGGUUGAGAAAUACCGUCCUAAAACACUAGAUGAUGUCGCGGCCCAGGAUCACACGACAAAAGUGCUCCAACGGACACUGCAAGCCUCCAACCUACCUCACAUGCUCUUCUACGGCCCUCCAGGGACAGGGAAAACAUCCACUAUCCUCGCUCUCGCCAAAUCCCUCUUCGGCCCUGCCCUCUACAAAUCUCGCAUCCUCGAACUCAACGCAUCAGACGAACGUGGUAUCGGGAUCGUCCGUGAAAAAGUAAAAGGCUUCGCCCGUGUGCAGCUUAGCCACCCUACGGGGAUUGAUGCCGAGUACCUCGAGAAAUAUCCAUGCCCUCCCUUCAAAAUCAUCAUUCUCGAUGAAGCGGAUAGCAUGACUCAGGAUGCACAGUCCGCUCUUCGCCGCACGAUGGAGCAAUACAGUCGGAUAACUCGUUUUUGUUUGGUCUGCAACUAUGUUACUCGAAUCAUUGAGCCGCUUGCUAGUCGAUGCAGCAAGUUCCGCUUCAAACCGCUGGAUAACUCAGCUGCUGGGGACAGAUUGUCGGAUAUUGCGCGGACGGAAGGCUUAUCACUUGAAGAUGGUGUUGUUGAUAAAUUGAUAUCCUGCAGCGAUGGUGAUCUGCGACGUGCAAUCACAUACAUGCAGAGUGCGGCAAGGCUGAUAGGAGCGGCGCAGACUGGAAAGAACGACGGGGAAGAUGAGGAGAUGAAGGACCAAGGGUCUGACACGAUCACCGUUCGAACUAUUGAGGAAAUAGCUGGCGUGGUCCCUGAGAGUGUUCUGGAUGGAUUAAUCCAGUCAAUGCAACCGAAGAAGAUUGGCUCAUCAUAUGAAGAUGUUUCGAAAGUGGUCACGGACAUUGUGGCGGACGGUUGGAGUGCGACGCAGAUUCUUUUACAGCUUUAUCGACGAGUUAUCUACAAUGAUGCAAUUUCUGAUAUCCAGAAAAACAAGAUCGUGCUGGUGUUUUCAGAAAUUGACAAGCGGCUGGUCGACGGUGCUGAUGAACAUUUAUCGAUUCUUGACGUUGCUGUUAAGAUUUCCGGAAUCAUUGGUGAAUCCUAA